UUUUUGGAUAUCCUGGGUCGUAGUGGUGGAGGCGGUGGUGAGAAACUUUACAUGUAGACUAGAAUAGAAGUUAAGACACAGACAAUUCCUAUCAACUCGCGACAAUCCUGAUAAAUGUAUCUAACUCCAGCAAUUUGCACUAAAAUCUAUAGAAAGCUGGUUUUCUUUCUUUAGUCCCCACUCGCCCCCGUCUGAAAAUGGAUUCCAGAUAUAUUUUGGAGAAGUCGUCGGUUGAGACAAGGGUCGGGGUCGGUGGAGCGGCUUUUAACUGCCGGGCAGGCCGCUCCGUGCUCCGCGACACACGGGUCCCCACGGUGGAAAAAAGCGGUCCCAUGCCGGCGUACACGCACGGGCCCGUCCUUUACAAAUUUGUAAUGGACGUCGGCUCAGCGGCGGAGGUGAAAAGCGAAAGAACCUCUCCCAAAGGGAACGGACUGUCUCCGGGUGGUCGAAUAUUGCACGACAUGGAAAAAAAUGGCCUGGGGGACCUAAAAGACACCGGUUCCACUGGGAUCCUGAAGAGGGCCAGUCCCACUCACUGCCCAGGAAUAAAUGGGCAGUUGCCAGGUGGCUUCAUGCAUUUGGACAUCAGCAACCUAGGGAAACAAGCAGAGCUGGCCAACAGCUUCAGGGCAGCACAAGUGCAGAAUGUACCACCGACAGAAAGACAACCCCUCCCCUCCUCCCACAUCCCUGUCCCCAGAAACAGGAAGCCCUCAGGUCAUGCUGAUAAGGAGGUGAUGGCUGCCACCGUCCUGACCUCACUGUCCACAUCCCCUUUGGUGCUCUACCCUUCCACUGCAUCCACAGUCCCAGAGCCAGCCAGCAGGGCUUGGAAAGAGGUGCUGUCAGCUAGCUACAGCAGUUCCACCAGUGGCAACUGGAGCUGGGAUGCCAGCGACCAAUCGGUGCCCUCCACACCGUCCCCACCUCUAUCCAACGAUACCAACAAGAACUUCCUGCUCUCAUCCCAGGGUGAUGACGUCAAUGAGGAUGUCACAGAGAGCACGCACUUCAUGUUUGAGGACCCCAUACCUCGGAAGCGAAAGAACUCAAUGAAGGUGAUGUUCAAGUGCUUGUGGAAGAACUGUGAAAAGGUCCUCAGCACCUCCUCAGGGAUUCAGCGACACAUCCGCACCGUCCACCUGGGGCGAAACAGCGACUCGGACUACAGUGAUGGAGAGGAGGACUUUUACUACUCAGAGAUUGAGGUCAACAUGGACAGCCUAACAGAAGGCUUGUCCAGCCUCACACCCACCUCGCCCACCACGGCUGGUCCUCCACCUGUCUUCCCGCCACCACUUACAGAUGUCCCUCACUCUGAACACAUCAACAUGGAUGGUUCGCAGAACCACGCCCCUACUCUGCUCAGUCAAUCAGCUCCUUCCACGCUCUGCCACAUCCGCACUGACCACGCCUACCAGGCCACUGCUCCAGUGAGUAUCCCAGUGGGUCCUGAGCUGGCAGGGUUAGGCAGUGGUAAUGGGACCGGGCCUGGAACUGGGACUGGGAAUGGCAUCAGUGUGUCGUGGCAGUCCCCUCCUGUCAUUUUCAAAGGCACCCCGGGGCCUGUGACUCAUGUCCGAACAGUUAGCAUUGGUGAAAAGAGGCAGCCGGCAGCCAACAUGCACACCACUGUUAACAAGAACCAUGCUUUAAUAACACCACCAGCUAAGUCAGCACCAGGAACCAGGAAACCCCGUGGGGAGGCGAAGAAGUGCCGAAAGGUGUACGGCAUGGAGAAGAGAGACAUGUGGUGCACAGCCUGUCGCUGGAAAAAAGCCUGUCAGAGAUUCACCGACUAAUCCAGUCCUCUUCCCGUGUGUGUGAGAUGAGCUCUUCCUCACUCAGAGCGACAGCAAAGUGGAGUCUUCCACUGAGGAGAUAAGGGGAGAUUUCUUCAUGAGGGAGCUCUCAGCGCUGCUUCCUCCAGCCCAGCAGGAGCUUCGCCUUCUCUCUUUUCCAUUUCCAAACACAAAGAUAAAAUAAAACUGGUGGGUAAAAACAAAAAAAACAAAAAAACAAAAACAAAAACAAAAAAAUCAGCAAGAAAAAAGAACUUUAUGCAGGUUUGGAGACUUUUUCUAAGACUGAGACUGAGACAUUUUCACUCUGUUGAUAAAUAAGGAAAAAAAGAAACAUUUAAAUUGGAUUCUGAACCUUCUGAUUUGACUUUUGUUUAUCACUUGCCAUUUUUUCACAGCCUCAACUCAAGGCAAAGUUUAAAGACUACAGAUAAGCUUUUGGGUAUACUCUAUUGUUCAUUAUAGGAGCAUCAUGUAAGCUACUGUUUACAGGGUGGAUCAUGAAUCUUUUUGGAGGUUCAAGGGUUAACGCCAGAUUGCUCAGUAAGACCUUUGUAGCAUAUCUGUUUUUCAUUGUCACUGUUUAAGGGACUUCAAACCUACCAAAGGCAAAAAAGCCUAUUCACUUAAAACCAACAGCGUAGGUGCAAGUUCAAUACCGAAUCUAACAUCACUGUCUUCUGCAGCCUUACUGGGUAUCAACUGUAUGUUUAAACACAUAUUGUUCAAUAUCUAACAACCUGUUCAUUAAUCAAAUUCAGUACAGCCAGCGACACUUCUUGUAAUUCAACAAAAAUGCACAAAACCUCACACAAAGUGGUACAAAGAGUUUUCCCCUUGACCUUCCAAAAUAUUUUCGAGAGAUGUACACAAUAUAUGAAAUAUAUUUCCCCCUCUUGUUCUCUUGUACCCUUGAGAUAUGCACCUUGAAGAAAUAAGUCCUCUUUUAGAGUAUCACUGUAACCACAGCGUAUGCCUGAGAGAGUGGAUGUCUAUUUCUUAUAUAUAGUUUAUUUUCAGCAAUGAGUUGCUUAUGCAACUAGCAGUUGCACUGUGCAAUCAGCAGAAUUACAGCAUUUAAUAUUGUCUUUCUUGCUUUGUGGUUGUCAUUAUUGUUAAGGGGAAUUGAGGCAGAUAAGCCCAGUUUUUUCCUUUGACCGCUGAUGUAAGAGAUUGUUUACCCCAAUGAAUGAUACAUGAAUGAUAACUACCCUUUGAAACUUUAACAUACAGUCUGACUGAUGUAAAUUGUGUAUGUAGGUAAAUAACAUAGAGAUUGUAACCAAACAAUCACUACCUGAUCAUAAGUCAGGCAUUCUAAUUCAUUUCUUACAGUUUUAAAUGGAGAGGUUACCCAAUCUUUAGUCUUUGGAAUAAUAAUCAUUAACCAGCAGUGCAACAUUUGUAGAUACCAAACCUAACUUCAUAGGUAUCAAGACUUUUUACUAUGUCUUUAGUAGAUGUUGUGUUUAAUCCUUUAGAAUUCCCUUUCACUCUGGUCUGACAUUUGAAAAUGAAAAGUAAGAAUCAAAUCAAGCAAGUGCAGAGCAGCCGUGAUGGUGGUCAACUGUAUACUGAUUCAUAUGGAAGUAAGUGUAACAAAAAAGUUUUAAAAUGUUGUACCAAAGUGGAGUUUUACUUUUAAGAAUAGGCCUGCAUUAGCAAAUGGCAGGCCAAGUUUUCCAAACUUUAGAUACAAUUUAGGUAGAUUUUUAGAUAGUUUUAAAUUGUAAUUUUUUAUAUAUAUAACUUUUAUCUUUGUUUUUUGUUUUUUCCCAGCAAUUUCCAGCAAUAUUGGCCAUUCUAAGAAAAAAGCACCCUUUAAUGUCAAAACCCAAUUUGUUACUUGCCUGGUAUCUCUAUUAUCCAAGAUAUAAAACAGAAAAAAUUUGAAAAAAUGCAAAGACAGCAGCAAUCUUACAAUUCUGUUUUUCUAGAAAUAUUUAUAAAAGAUGCUCUACUGCAACACAAAGACAAAUACAGUGUAAUGAGUCAAGUAGUUAUUCUUAAAAGGUUACCAGCCUCAAAUUGGACACUUGCAGGGUGAAAUGUGUUUGUAAUUGACUUAAUGACAUUGAUGGACAACAUAAUGAUGAUCUCUUAUUGGUGAUAUCAAUGAUGGAAGUAGAAGACAAAACCAAACAUCAAUAGUCAUAAUUAAGAACGUUUUUAAGAAAUUCCUGCAUUCAGCUGAAAAUUUUUUUAAAAGUUUCAUAUUUUUCCCCUCAUAAGUAACCUACAGUCGUCGUUAACCUGCUCUGAGUCGAUUUCUAUCACAUUAGAUUUAAAUAAAUGUGAUAAAAGACAAUACUGAACGUUUUCUAAGAUGAUAACCUGCUUCCCAUACCCAACCAUAUAGUCAAGUCGAUUUGUUUAUUUAUAUAGCCCAAAAUCACAUAUUUGCCUCACUGCUUCACAGUCUGCACAACUCUAUCAUUACACCCAGAAUCCAGACAAAGAUUAACAGGUAUUUUUCUGAUCUGCUCCCAGAGGCAGAGUCAUGACAGUAGAUGUAUAUCGGUGAAGAGAUUCACCCUUGCGCUGUUUUUUAGCAGCUUUUUGAAUGUAGAGUCUGCUGCGUGUCCUCUACUCUCUAAGCGCUCCUAACACUGAUCUUACCUGAUCGCCAUGGCAACGUAUGACAAACACGCACACACACACACGAAAAUACAGAGUGCCUGUCCUUCCCUACAUGAGCAGGCCAACUUUGAGCGGACUCCUUGACCGAGGAUCGGUGCGACUUUAGACCUUGGUCGCCAUAGAAACACCUGUGGUGUCCUCUGUCGCUAAAGGGUCACUCGUGCUGUCUGCUGUCAGCUGAUACCACAUUAUGAGCGACCAGUUAUCACUUCUCAACGAUAGAUGAGAAGCAGAUGCCUGAUUGUUCGUUGCCUGCUUGAAGCCAGUGGGCGAAAACAUAUUAAGCACACAUGGUUGCUGUAAUAGUAGUUAUUAAUAUCUCAUUCAGUUCCUGUUAUAAACCGCCAUAUUAUUUUGAAAAUUACUGAUCCUGCCUGUAAAGUGUUUAUUCCAGUGGCAUCCCAGAUAAGCUAGGUCUCCCUCUCUCUCAGCUUGUGAGAGCAGCUGGCAGACCUCUUCCGGUCAGAAACUUCACAAAGUGCCAAUGAAAAGAACAUAAAAAGGAAAAGGUAUACUGACCUAAUGAAAUUGCACUAUGUUGCACUGCGCAGAAACAUGUUUUUAUACAUGGACAUUUUAUAUAAACAAAUUUUGAAGUGAAAGCAUUUUCUUUUUUCGAAGGGGUGGGAGGGUUGUCGUCACUGCCCGAUGGAAUAAAUGGGGUGUCAGGGAUGGGGGUUCUGUGCCUCUGAGGUCCCCCAUUAUUAGCAAGUGAUCAGUCGACAGUUAAUGUCUUGCUCUCUGUGUCAGAUUUAUUGUACUAAACAUAGUGGUGCUGGCAGUUGUAGAAGUGUGGUACUGGGAAGUACAGUGUGGUACUUAGGUAGUCAGUCACUUUGCCUUUCCUUGGAGGAGUGCCAAGGGCCGAAAGCAGCACCUGCCUUGUCUCAGUGAUGGGAAAACACCGGUCUUAGUCAGUAGCUACAGAUUAUCGUCUUGAUAACAAAUACUUUACAGCGUUUUUAUUUCUUGGGGUAUUUUCACUAUACACACACACAUUUUUAUCCAUAAAGCUCAUCUUUGUGCUUCCUUUACUUAAAUAAAAAAAUAAAAAAGCAGUUUCAUGCUUAUUUACAUUUUACUGAGCUGAGGUAGUAACUGUAGAUACUGUUAUUAGUGCUGGAUACCACUUUUAAUUCUGUUAUCUCUGGUUUGGUCAUAGAUUGAGUGUCAAAUGCAGCCCGUCAGCUCUCUCUCCAUCCUCAAUGUAAGCACUUUUUGAUUAAACCAGCAGGGUUAGAGGCUGAUGCUUUUGCUGGCAAUGAAUGGGACUGUUAGCACAUGUUAAGCUAACAGGUUCCUGUGCUUGCUGGCCACUAUUCCACCUUUUUUUCGAGUUGCACUAAACUGGCCUGUGACCAUUAAGGCCCAGGCUGCAGCAUUAAGAGCUCAGCUCGGCUGAGUGCGGCUUGGGUCAUCAUGGGCAGAAAGAACUCUGGGUACAAAGUUGUUGUUGUGCACAGUUCUUGGACAAGAGAACUUUAUUGGUGAUUUUUUGCAAAAUACAUCAACAAUUAAAACUUUCACCUAGACAACGAGAGAUGGAGAUUGUAGAUGACUUAAUGGGUGUGCAGGGACAGUGGAUGGAAAGCAGACACGAGACACGCAGUGACGAUAUAGAUGGAUAUACAGUUUCAGGGCUUUCUUGUACAUAUGCAACAAAAGAGAACAGUGCGGCUUUUUCAUAUAUUGUUGUUUUCAUUGUUGUUGUAUCUCUGUUGUAUGAAAAGGAAACUUUUUUACAGUACAGUUGCUCAGAAUAUUUUUCUUUCAUUUUUUUAAAAUGUCGAUUGAGAAGCUAUAGUGGACAUAACACGUAAAGAUUCAAUGUAUGUUGUAGCUUACAGGCAAAGGGGAGAAAAACAAAACCUGUUGAAUGUAAAACUUACAAAAAGAAAAAGACUUUUGUUUUUUUUUUUUGGUAUAUUUGCUGGCUAGUUUGUACUGCCUGUAGUGAACCAGUAGCGCAUCCUGAUUUUGGUAUCCAAAUCUUUUAACACCCACAGACAGCUGUCGCCACACUGCUAAAUCAUAACACAACCAUGCAGUAUUGCUUUACUAUCUUACUUUGUGCAAUGAGAUGCUUUAUAAUGGAACAAGAACUAACUUGAGCUUUUUGGUGACAUCUGGGCUACUCGCUCACACUGUUGCUGUUUGUCUUUUGUCUUUCUCCCGGCCAAAUAGUAAUUUGUUUGGAUAAUGUGUGUUUAUUGUUGUCGUGGAUGUUGUUUGUGGUUGUGAUGUUAAGUUGUUGUUAGGCAGGAUAACCUUCGACCUUUGGUCAUGAUGAAAAUUUGAACCUUGCAGGAAUCUUUAUCCUGCCCUGCACAUUCCAACAGACAGCAUGCUUUCAGUGUCUUCCACCUGUUUCCUAAUAGACAUAUUCUUCCCAUCUCCUCUUCAUUACAGUGAUUCUUCUCUGAUCACCGUGUCCUUUUCCAUUUCUUGUUCUUGUGCUAUCCAGCUUUACUGUGGUCCCACCCAAGCCUUUACCCAGUAUAUUAAGCUAAACUAAACCCUUGAAAUGUGCAUAAAAAAGCCUUUGUUAUUUCCAAAUAUGUCAAAAUUUAUGUGCUGCUUUCUUGAAUGUCAUUUUUUCAUUUGUGUAUAAACUAGCAGCAGCAAAGCCAAUAGAUCUCCUUCCAAAUCAAAUGUAAUGCAUUGCAAUGGCAGCUCCACGCAGUUUUCGGCUUCUUCUAGUGUGCUCUUAUUGUUUGUCCAGGCUUUUACCCUCUGUCUGUCAGAUCUCUCACUUGAUGACCAUUUUUUUUCUCUCGUUGUUUUUACUGAGCCUUACACUGGCUGGUGUGAAAACUGACUUUUGCUUUGUUUUCUCAUUGAUUGAUUGAUUGAUUGAUUGAUUGAUUGACUGUCUGGCUGAGUUUGAGGUUGUUUUGCAUGUCUAGCAUCGCUGAUUUUUUUUCCUGUUUCGUUUUUUUGUUAGGAGAUAUAACACUGAAGGGUUUUAUGUGUUAGGUUUCCCCUUUCAGUAACUGAUAACCCAAGGGUGUUUUAGUUUGUUUUCCUCUAAAUGUUAAGAUGCUUACUGCAUCCCGACACACACACACGAACACACACACACACGAACACACACACACACGAACACACACGAACACACACACACACACACACACUAAAGCAUUUUGAGGGAAACACGACAUCAGCCUUGGGUCUUCACUGGAGGGCAAGAUUUCUCUUGUGUGUGGGAACAGCCUUUGGUCUUCAUCAGCAGUCCCACGCACAUGGAGGAAGCACUUUCUGAGGAGUGGUGCACUCAAAGAGUAUUUGUGUGAAUGUCAAGCCUAUGACUAGUGCUUGAAAAGAUGGAUGACCAUGUAUGAUGCUGAUAAUGUGACCUAUGUGAUGUAAUGUGACAGAAAGAAAAUAAACCUGAAUGGA